AUGCAGCUCGCGACCCUAGUCCCUCUAGCGCUGGCAGCCAUCAGCUGCAAAGUCAAUGCCGCCCCAGUUACCCAAGGCAUUGACGUGGCUGAAGCAUCAAUUGACAAGCGGCAAUCCUGGCAAGACUCAGUAGAUCAAGCUCUUGCCGACGCCAAUGCCGCAAUCGCAAACGGUAUCAGUACUGCAGACGCCGCAGUAGGAGAGGCGUCAUGGCAAGAUGCUGUUGAUCAAGCACUCACGGAAGCCAGUGCAGCGAUUCAGAAUGGUCUCAACUCUGCUGGUGCGGCGAUCAGCAAACGCCAAUCAUGGCAGGAUGCUGUUGAUCAAGCCCUCGCGGAAGCGAACGCGGCGACUCUGGACGGUGUCAGUUCCGCCAAUGCAGCGAUUGGCAAGCGCCAUUGCACCAGUAUCUGGGUCAUGACCACCAAGACCAUUGCAUGUGGGCGUACAGCAUGGAGGAGUCUGCACUGUUUUGCGAAACGGAAAAAGUACCAGCCGAUCCUGUACAGAUGCUUCUCGUGCUCCAUUCGCCAGUCACAAAAGACAGAAGAAAGGAUUGAAGAUGGCCGCACCACACACUUCGGGUUCGAGACGAUUUCGGAGGCGCAGAAGGAGAAGAAAGUCGGCGCGGUCUUCUCUUCCGUUGCGUCCUCCUACGAUACCAUGAACGAUCUCAUGUCUCUUGGCAUUCACAGAAUAUGGAAAGAUCAUUUCGUCAGAUCGCUGAACCCAGGUUCGACAAGUGGCCAAGGGUGGAAUAUUCUUGACGUAGCUGGUGGGACGGGUGACAUCGCAUUUCGAAUGCUUGACCACGCGACUCAAAUCAAUGGCGAUCACAGUACCAAAGUUACCAUCGCAGAUAUUAAUCCGGACAUGCUUGCAGAAGGGAAGAAAAGAGCACUUGCGAGCAAAUACGCAGACACCGGUCGGUUGGAUUUCGUCCAGGGCAAUGCAGAAUCUAUGCCAACAAUGCCCUCUGACUCCGUGGAUCUCUACACAGUCGCAUUUGGCAUCCGGAACUUCACAAACAAGGAUGCUGCAUUACGAGAAGCUUUUCGAGUUCUUCGGCCCGGCGGUGUCUUUGCAUGUCUCGAGUUCAGUCAUGUGAAUAGUACUUUGUUCAAUGCAGUUUAUAAGAGAUGGAGUUUUGGAGCCAUCCCUCUGAUUGGACAGCUCGUCGCAGGUGACAGGGACAGCUAUCAAUAUUUGGUUGAAAGCAUUGAACGCUUCCCAGCUCAAGAAGAGUUCAGAGCCAUGAUCGGAGACGCAGGUUUUUUAGUUCCUGGACUGGGAUAUGACAAUCUUUCUGGUGGGAUUGCCAGCAUCCACCGUGGAAUCAAACCCCUCUGA